GUUAUCAAGAGGUCUUCCCACAAAAAUUUAUAGUGUCAAGAUUGUGAAAUCGAGUUGCUGAUGACCUUAAAAUAGUAUAACGUGCGGCGACAAUAGCAGUCUGCUGCGAUUUAUAACGAUCGCACUCACUUUAAAUAACUAUACAAUGACUGCUGUAAUAGCCGAUGUAUUGCCGACAGUUUAUGAACUUUUCACAGGUGGAGGUAUCCAAACUGGCCUAAAUGCUGAUAAGCCCUACUUUACAUUAAACAAUAAGAAUAUCUCGAUAUACAGCGGUGCUUUGCAUUACUUCAGAGUACCAAAAGCGUACUGGAGAGACAGACUUAGAAAACUACGAGCUGCAGGCUUCAACACUGUCGAAACUUACGUACCAUGGAAUCUUCACGAAUACCAAUCCGGUCAGUACGAUUUCGGCGAUGGUGGUUCAGAUAUGCAAGAAUUUCUGAACGUGACUGAAUUUUUAAAGAUGGCACAAGAUGAAGAUUUAUUAGCCAUCGUAAGACCCGGUCCAUACAUUUGUACCGAAUGGGAAUUCGGAGGAUUUCCUAGUUGGCUUUUGAGGGAAAGGAAUAUUACCUUCCGUACCAGUGACCCUACUUAUAUGAAAUACGUUACAAGGUAUUUCAAUAUCCUAUUGCCUAUUCUGGCACUACUUCAAUUCACAAAAGGCGGUCCUAUAAUCGCAUUUCAAGUAGAAAAUGAGUACGGAAGCACGGAACGUAUAGGAAAAUUUAAACCUGAUAAAAUUUAUUUAAGGGAAUUGAGAAAUCUUUUUUUAAAAAAUAACAUUGUAGAAUUGUUGGUCACGGCGGAUGGUACUUCGUCCCAUGCAGAUAGAGGUACUAUACCAGAAUAUUUCUUACAAACAUCGAAUUUCGGGGGAAAUCCAAUAUACGAAUUCAACAAAUUGAAAGAACUUCAACCGAAUCGACCAGUAAUGUCGAUGGAAUUCUGGGUGGGUUGGUUUGAUCACUGGUCUGAACUUCACCAUAAAACCAGCGAGGAGAGUUUCAGAAACAUUACUGAAGAAAUAUUAAAAUAUCCUGCGUCUGUCAACUUGUACAUGUUUCACGGUGGUACAAAUUUUGGUUUUAUGAAUGGCGCUAAUCUCGCCAAUUCCUUUACUGACAAUUCUGGAUACCAGCCUGAUACUACGAGCUACGAUUAUGAUGCUACGUUAACGGAAAGCGGAGAUUAUACAGUGAAAUAUGUCAUUGUGAAAGAGCUCUUGAAGAAAUACAAUACUAUUCUCACAAGAAUUCCCGAAACACCACACGAAUUACCAAAAAUAGCUUAUAAUACAACUCCAGUGCAAGCUCAACUAUUUCUCAGCGAAAUCCUAGAUAAACAACAAGGAUUUCAAUUCCAUGAUGUCAUUCCUAUGGAGUACCUACCAAUUAAUAAUAAUUCUGGUCAAAGUUACGGUUAUAUCGUCUACAGAAAAAUGUUAUUAGAUAUACCAGCUAACUCCACAUUAAGAAUUGGAGGGAGAGUUUGUGAUACUGUAGUCGUUUUGCUAAAUGGAAAUUUAAUAUCAAAACCUUUGAAUAAAGAUAUCGACCUUAACGGUUUUGGUUUCUGGAGGCAAAAAAAUUCCAAUCUGACGCUAGGGCCUAACCAUUACCAAAACGCUGUGUUGGAUUUGGUAGUGGAAAAUUGGGGAAGAGUCAACUUUGGUUCCAUAGAACAAUUCAAGCAGUAUAAAGGACUCUGGCAAGACAGCGUUUACCUAAAUAAUAUAAAACUAACAAAUUGGAAAGUAUUUCCGUUGGAAUUUAAAAGAGCUUGGAAUAGGAACCUAACCGGUUGGCACAAGCCCUCGAAAUUAUGGUCUGUAGGUCCAGCUCUGUAUAAAUCUAGUUUUCACGUUAAUUCUACAUCAGACACAUAUUUAGAUAUGAGCAAAUGGUGCAAAGGAAUCGUUAUUAUCAAUGAUUUCGUGUUGGGAAGGUUUUCCAGGGUAGGACCGCAACAAACACUCUAUUUACCGGGACCAUUUUUGAAAAAAGGCCUCAAUGAAGUAAUUAUUUUCGAACAUUAUAAUCCCGGGGAGAAUAUUGAGUUUUCUAGUGUGCCUAUUUUCAAAACACGAACUAACAGCAAGUAGUUAUUCAGUAGAUAUACUAUGCCAUUCGAAAAUCUCCUAUACAGUAUCUUUGGAACGGUUAUACAUAAGCUAUACUCUAAAUAAAGUACAUUACUCCUCACAGGAAAUGACACUGAUGUUUUGUCGAAGAAGUACAGGAGCCGGUGGGAUAUCGACAUUCGCCCAGUUAAUGACGAGACAUUUAUCAAUGAGAAGUCUAUACCCCUCUUUUGAUAAACCCCUUCAUGUAAACGUCUUAUAAACGUUCGAGACGAUACGAACACGUUUCAUUAUGUCUUCCUAACAAACCAGCAACAUAUCCAUUGAAAAUUCUUCAUUUAGGAGAGUCGAUGCUCGCACUAUCUACUCCAUUGACAAAUUUCUUUGGUAGUUCAUUUUUUUACUUGAUAUGCUCCCAUAUGAACUUCCAAACAUGCACAUAAUAAAAACAAUUACAAUCAACAGAUUGCUUCUAAUGGAAACUUUUCUUUAAUCAUCAAUUUUUAAGAUAAUGUUCAAACAAUUUUAGUCUAAAACGAGGUUUAAUACGAAUUACUGUCAAAAGAAGAUUACGUAAUAGUACAGUUAACUUAAAUCACAAGUGUCACUGUCGUAUAGUAAAUUAUCAAUAAAUAAAGAAUAUCCAGAAAAGUGGUGCGUUAAUUUUGUCCAGUUGAUUUCUUUUCCAAAGACUCAAGCGUAUCCUACUAACUGUGCCAGUUAGAACUUAUGAAAAUGAAGUUUACUUUUCAAAAAAUAUUCUAAGUACCAAAUUAUAUAUUGACACAAUUUAAAAAACUAAUCAUGCAAUUAAUUUCUAAGAAUAUAAGUCUGCAAAAAUUCUAAUAUAACUGCACCCGUCAUGGUAAAGUGGCCCCAAAAUUUGCUUUUUAGAAUGCAUGUCAUGACAAAGAGUUUAAGUGGAUUAACAUACAUCAAAAAGCAAUCAACCAAUUGACAAAAUGGUUUACAUGUAAGUUUUGAAAAUAAAUCAAAUUUUAAAU